UCUUCCGGUGACGUACCGUUACUGCGGCGGAUGUUGAUGUUUUGUUUCAGAGAGGUGGCAGAACGAUGUGAACUGAAUCGUUUUCGGGACGGGUUGAUAUUUUUCGUGGUUGUCUUCGCGGUUAUAUUUGUACGCUUUUCUCUGUAAGGCUCCCUGUUGUUCGGCAUCGUGUCUGUCCCGGGAAGCGCGAGACCCAGUCGUGCGAUGAUGGAGGACUUUGAUGAGAUCUACGAAGAGGAGGAGGAAGAGGAAGAGGAGGACGAGGACAGGGCCGCGGAGGAGCAGCUCCUCAAGUACGCUCCGGACCCGGUGGUGGUGCGAGGGUCCGGCCACGUCACCGUCUUUGGGCUUAGUAACAAAUUUGAGUCAGAAUUUCCUUCAGCACUUACAGGAAAGGUGGCACCAGAGGAAUUCAAAGCCAGUAUCAACCGUGUAAACAGCUGCCUGAGGAAGACGCUGCCAGUGAAUGUGCGGUGGCUCCUGUGUGGCUGCCUCUGCUGCUGUUGCACAUUGGGCUUCAGUUUGUGGCCUGUCAUCUGUCUCAGCAAGAGGACAAGAAGAUCUAUAGAGAAACUUCUGGAGUGGGAGAACAGCAGACUUUACCACAAGUUGUGUUUGCAUUGGAUACUAAGCAAAAGGAAGUGUGAAACCAACAACAUGAUGGAAUAUGUAAUCUUAAUAGAGUUCUUGCCUAAGAUCCCCAUCUUCAGACCAGACUAGCCCUAUUGCGGCUGAUAUUAAACCUCCACUGCUGCCCAGUUACGAACAACAAUGGCUGUCAAGCUCCUGAAUGAAUACCCCAAUCCAUUUGUUUACAGGGUAGCAUUGAUCCUCCCUCUUUUCUCUUUAACCUGUUCUCCCAAACAUACCUUCUCUUCACCCUUGUUUACAAACCCGGCAUCCCAACACUUGUUUUUGGAGUGAAUUCACCAUUGAAUAACGACCACGUUCAUCGGGCGAGCUGGCACACUGUUAAGCCACGCUAACCUUCACCAGCCUGUGGGAUGUUGGGAAAACCAGCCAUGGGCAGCGUUAAUGGAUUUUGGAUCUCGAGCUGGAGAUUGGACUCUCAGAUUGAGUUCUCGGAACUAUGACUGGAAUUUUGUCACUUGUAUUUCCCCUAAACUAAGCACAUGGCACAGUCAGACCAUGAAAAAACAACAACAAAAAAAACACUUUCACGUGACAGUAGGUGAUACUGUCACACCGCCAACUUCACCUGCAAAAAAUACACCCCAGUGCUUUUGUAACAGUUAGUGUGGUGCUCUAGAUCAUUACUAGAGGCUGUGGAGGCAACAUAACAUCCAAAGGAACUCCAAAGGAACCUUUAUCCAAAUCAACUCCGUAGCGGACAGAUUAGUCCUACAGAAGCAUGUUGGGCCACAGCCAGAACAGCUGAACCCAAAUGUCCCUCUUCUCAUCAACUACCAAACAUCCUCUCGCCUCCUUUUACAUAUCUGCACACUUCACUGUGCAUCAGCCCUAACCCAGUGACAAUCACACACCCGGAUUGUACUCUCCGUAGUGUGAAUGGGUCUUUAUGCUUCCAGUUUACCUGGAACAUUAUGUUUUUAACAUUAUGUGUGUCAAGGUAAUAGGCUGGCUGCCUAGCAACUGCACCUGAGUCGCAGUGGAACAAGUAAGCUGGAAAGGAAAGACACUAGUGAUGAAGAACAAACACUUUUUUUAGUAUUUCAAGUUUUGGUGAAAGAGAGGCAAUCAAUACUUCACUGUUGUAUGUGUAUCUUUCUGAGAGAGAGAGAGAGAGAGAGAGAGAGAGAGAACUAUAAAGCAAAUAAGUGACAAAUCAGACACGAAGAGAUACUUUGUAAAGCAGGGUUCUUCCUUUGACGCAUUUCUUUUCCAUAACAGAUCUUUGUUGUAAUUUAAUUUAAUAUAAAUGCAUGACUGCGCAUAGAAUCUGUGCAUUUGUGAAAGGGG